CGAAUGAGGCUGCGGUAAUGGUUUGAAAGGAUAUUCUUUAUUCAAAUCUGAAUAUCAUUAAAAAUAGAAAGGAUAUUACACAUUUACAUAUCUCAAAAAGAUAAACAAAGUCCUGAUAGUUGAAACACGAUACGAGUUUAUGGUGUAAUAUUGCAUCAUUGCUGAUCAGUAAAAUGAAGUUAGCGAAUUCUGUAGCAGUUAUCACUGGCGGGGCACGAGGAAUUGGUAAAGCGAUAACAAAAUCUUUGUUACAAAACAGAGCCAAGGUGUAUUUCCUCGACCUCGAUGUAACUGAAGGAAAAAUUGUUCAGAAAAACUUUGAAGAUGAAUUUGGAAAAGGAAAAGCGACAUUUCUAGAAUGUGACGUCACGGACACAAAUAAGAUUGAAGGAAUUUUGUCAAAUAUUGUAAAAGAAAAUGGUCAGCUAGACAUACUUUGUAAUAACGCUGGUACUGCAGAUGAGAUGAAUAUAGAUAAAGUGAUCCGUAUAAACCUGACAUCUGUCAUUCAUGGUACUCUGCUUGGAGUUAAGUAUAUGGAUAAAAAUAAUGGUGGUAAAGGUGGAUGUAUUGUGAACAUGGCAUCCGAAGCAGGAAUAUAUUACUGGCCAGGUCCAACUGGCGCCUAUGGAGCAUCCAAACAUGGCGUAGUUGGCUAUACAAGGGCUUUUGCAAAAAAUGCUAUCAUGUCUGGCGUUCGUUUGAAUUGCAUUUGCCCCUCUUUUGUUGAUACCGACAUGAUGAGGUUUGGUAUGACCAAUGAUCCCGCAAUGAAAACGGCUGUAGAGAAAUUGGGUUACGUCAGUAGUGAGACCGUCGCUGAAGGGUUUAUCAAACUUCUGAACGAUGAAGAAAAAGUUGGAGAAGCGAUGACAAUCUCAGCUCGAAAUGGAAUUGGCUAUCACGACUUUCCAGCUAAACUUUAGCAAAUUUAUUUUUUAUUGAUUUAUCACAAAUUAAAUGUUCACCUGGCCUUG